AUGUAUAAUAUAUCAAGGAUAUUACCGAGAGUAUCCCGAACGAAUACUUUCGGUGUAUUGCCAAGGCCAUCGAGUAUUGGUUUUAGACCUAUGAUGGCAACACCCGUCAGAUUGAUUUCCAACUCAACCGCCAACAUUUUGCAAAACCAAGAACAAAUAGCAAACAGUGACUUGAAUAAUGCUGCAGCUCAAGGAGAAUUUUACAAAUCAUUGAUGAGCAACAACUAUCCACAUUUAGUUGUUCAACGUUACGAAACUCCUGGUAUAGCAUCUUCUCCAGAAUGUACAGCGAUUUACAUUGAUGCCUUGAAUAAGACUGGUAAAAAGGGCAAAGCAGAACAAGUUUCUAAAAGUCUCAUGAAUUCAGGUGCUGGAGUCCAGAAUGGGGGACCUUUACCUCAUGGGUUUGGUUCUAGAUAUGAACCAGUUCAUGUUAUUGUAUCCGAAUCGAUAAUAACCAUUAUUUCCAAAUGGUUAAAAUGGUUAAUACCUAUAGCAUUGUUGACAUACGGAGCUACUAAUGCAUUCAAUUAUUUAGUUGAGAAUGGAACUAUUUUCAAGAACAGUGAAGUAGCUGAUAAAUCUGUGGAUGUAUCUCAAUCUACCGUUAGAUUCAAAGAUGUAUGUGGAUGUGAUGAGGCUAGAGCUGAAUUAGAAGAGAUUGUUGACUUUUUGAAGGACCCAUCGAGAUUCACCGGAUUAGGCGGUAAAUUACCAAAGGGUGUCUUAUUGACUGGUCCGCCAGGUACCGGUAAGACCUUGCUUGCGAGAGCUACUGCAGGGGAAGCUGGUGUUCCAUUUUUUUUCAUGUCUGGAUCUGAAUUCGAUGAAUUAUAUGUUGGUGUUGGUGCUAAAAGAAUUAGAGAAUUAUUCGGUCAAGCGCGUGAGAAAUCACCAGCAAUCAUUUUCAUUGAUGAAUUGGACGCUAUUGGGGGGAAGAGAAACCCAAAGGAUCAAGCAUAUGCUAAACAAACAUUAAAUCAAUUGUUAGUUGAGUUAGAUGGAUUUUCACAAUCUCUGGGAAUUAUCAUCAUCGGUGCAACAAAUUUCCCAGAAAGCUUGGACAAAGCCUUGACUAGACCUGGAAGAUUUGACAAGGAAGUUAUUGUUGAAUUACCAGAUGUUAGAGGACGUAUUGAUAUUUUGAAGAACCAUAUGGAAAAUGUUGAAACUGCCGAAGAUGUUGACCCUUCGAUUAUUGCGAGAGGAACACCAGGUUUAUCCGGAGCCGAAUUAAUGAACUUAGUCAACCAGGCUGCAGUGCAUGCAUCUCAAUUAUCAGCACCUGCAGUUGACAUGAACCAUUUUGAAUGGGCUAAAGAUAAAAUUUUAAUGGGAGCUGCAAAGAAGAAAAUGGUUAUCACUGAAGAAGCUAGAAAGAACACUGCAUAUCAUGAAGCGGGACAUGCUAUAAUGGCGAUGUUUUCGCAAGGUGCAACUCCUUUAUACAAAGCCACUAUUUUACCUAGGGGUAGAGCAUUGGGGGUAACAUUCCAAUUGCCAGAAAUGGACAAGGUAGACAUGACCAAAAAGGAAUGCUUUGCUCGUUUAGAUGUCUGCAUGGGUGGUAAGAUUGCCGAGGAAAUGAUUCACGGACCAGAGAAUGUUACCAGUGGCUGUUCAUCAGACUUGGCCAAUGCUACAAGUGUUGCUCGUGCCAUGGUUACAUCCUACGGUAUGAGUGACAAUAUUGGACCUGUCAGACUCAGUGACAAUUGGGAAUCAUGGUCACCUAAGAUAAGAGACAUGGCUGACAAUGAAGUCAGGGACUAUUUGAUUACCAGUGAAAACAGAACCAGAAAGCUUUUGAGUCAAAGGCAAACUGAGUUAAAGAGACUUGCAGAGGGUCUUUUGGAGUAUGAAACUUUGACUCGUGAUGAAAUGGAAAAAAUAGUCCGCGGUGAACCUAUAAAUAAAUCCAAAGUCAUAUCCAAUACCGUCAUAAAAUCGCCGUCCUCUUCUCCUAGACCAGAUGUUCUCAGCGACCCACCUUCUGUGCCCGUAGAAGCGUAA